UUGAUUUGGCAUUCAAUUAAUAAUAUAUAAAAAAAACACACUUUAAACGGGCCCCAUGGCGUAAAGGUUAUUGGGAUUCCUAUAUAAGCUCUGCGCGGCAUUCAUUCGUCACUGGUUAUAAGCUUUUUAUUAUUUGUCGAGUAGGCCUGUCUCUGACGGGCCGCAUUUAUAAAAUCAAAGACAGACAUCGUUCAAUGUCAAGGGGUUGUUGAUCGACCAAGUUUUAAUUGAUUCGCUCGGUUGAGGAAUCACGGCGUGGCCAGUUAUCAGUUGCGACUGAUAUAUGAAGCUGUGGGCCUAGAGUAAAAUUGGGGCUGAAGUGUGCUCAGCACGGUGACUGCAGUUUUUAUUGUGUUGUUGCAUCUUUAUUUGGUAUACAGUACUUUUAAAUAACUUUCAUUUCAUGGAGUUAUUUUCUAUGAAAUUAUUAUAUUGCAGUGCCUGGUAUUACGUCAGUUACUCCCAUAUUAUUUGCAAAUUAAUUUUAUUUUUUUAUGGUCAGCGAGCUUUGCCCGGUUUGAGUUAGGGAAGUUCGCCGCUUGUUGCAGACGUUCGCGGCUCCAUUCCGACCGGCCGCCCGAGUUAACACUGCGCUUGCUUACAAAACCACGUACCAUGCGCAUACGCGCCGUCUGCUUUACGGUGGAUGCUCAAGAUCUAGCGAGGUCAUCACAAAGCAGGCCAUUGUGUGCCGGCGUCAAAUUAGAAAACGAUCACAGCGACAAUGUUUUAGGGAUGACAGCAAACACCAAAGCUUCUUGAACCCUCCCGUGAGCUGCGUCAGUGAAGACACUGCAAGCGCCUCCUUUCGUGAUCAUAGCCUUGCGCUUUAAGAAUAGUGUGUGAAUACCAAAUAUGCUUAAUUUUCAUAACGAUCGAUAACAUGAAUGACAGAUCAACAUUAUGAACCGAUAUUGUUUGGACCAAUUCGCACGUGGCGUCUAGGGGUUGACGUCACCGCGCAUCCCGGAAGUGACUCCACUUCCCGCGUGACGUCGCUACGGAGGCCGCGGCGUCCGUUGGGGCCGCGCGUGCCUCGCGCGUUUUAAUUUACGGAUCUUCAAAUCGCGUUCGCGGUUUCCUGCAAAUUAAUAAACUACAACUUAAUUUCGUCAGCGACAGCCAAGAGAGAGAGAGAGAGCGAGAGGAGGAGAGGGUUUAAUAAACAGCGAUAGCUGCUGCUGCUGCAGAGGCCGAGUUGCCUUCCCCGUCUUGUGCGGACGCGAGCAUCCCCCUGCCCACCUGUGCCCUCCACGCACGACGUGCACCGUCUCGGCACCCCCCCCCCCCUCGCCGGCCGAAGCGGUGGCGGUGGCGGCGGCCAUGGAGGUGGGCAUGCGCGUGGUGCGCGGGCCCGACUGGAAGUGGGCCGCGCAGGACGAGGGUGAGGGCCACGCGGGCACCGUGGUGGAGGUCGGUCGCCAGGGCAGCGCCUGCACGCCCGACCGGACCGCCGUCGUGCAGUGGGACGGCGGCGUGCGCACCAACUACCGCGCCGGCUACCAGGGCGCGUACGACCUGCGGCUCUAUGACAACGCGCAGAUCGGCGUGCGCCACCCCAACAUCAUCUGUGACUCGUGCAAGAAGCACGGCAUCGUGGGCAUGCGCUGGCGCUGCAGCGUGUGCUACGACUUCGACCUGUGCACACAGUGCUACAUGGGCAACAAGCACGAUCUGGGCCACGCCUUCGAGAGGCACGAGACGGCGCUCUCCCGCCCGGUCCCCGUGAGCUCCCGUGCUGGGCUGGAGCGGGUGCAGCUGCGGGGCCUCUUCCAGGGGGCAAAGGUCGUGCGGGGACCCGACUGGGACUGGGGCAACCAGGAUGGCGGCGAUGGGAAGCACGGCAAGGUGAACGAAAUCCGGGGCUGGGACGCCGAGUCGUGGCGCAGCGUUGCCUGCGUCACCUGGGCCAACGGCUCCACCAACGUGUACCGCGUCGGGCACAAGGGCAAGGUCGACCUCAAGUGCAUCGCCGACUCCCACGGGGGAUACUACUUCGCUGAGCACCUGCCCCUGCUGGGGGAGCCGGCUGAGGUGCGGGGCCAGGAGAUGCAGGAGGAGCGCGCCUUCCAGGUGGGCGACAAGGUGAAGUGCCUCCUGGAGGAGGACAUUCUGAGACAGAUGCAGGACGGACACGGUGGCUGGAACCCCAAGAUGGCUGAGUUCAUCGGGAAGGUCGGCACGGUGCACCGCAUCACGGAGCGAGGAGACGUGCGCGUAGAGUACGGGGGAACCAAGAUGAGGUGGACCUACCACUCGGGGGCGCUCACCAAGGUGGACACGUUCAGCGUUGGUGACCUUGUGCGCGUGCUGGAUGACGAGGAUCGCGUGAAGCAGCUCCAGGUCGGCCACGGCGAGUGGAAUGAGGCCAUGCGAACGGCGGUGGGGCAGGUGGGACAGGUGGUCAAGGUGUAUACGGACGGGGACCUGCGUGUGUGCGUGCGGGACAAGGUGUGGACGUUCAAUGCGCUGUGCGUGAGCGCUGUGAGACUCGGAGACGUCGACGCCAACAACCUCAUGUCCACGGAGCAUAGGGAGGGGGCAGCCAUGGUGUGCCAGAAGGACGGCAUGGCGGUGCACGGAGUGGCCACAGAGGACAGCAGCGGCGUGUCGGAGCUGGUGAGCGAGGCGUCGCUCGGCAACGUGGGCAGGGUCGUGGAGAUUCUGCAGCGAUAUCCAGACAAGGUGGACGGACGGAGCCAGGGAAAGACUGCACUGCAGGUGGCGUCCUUCACGGGCCACGGGGCCCUGCUGGACGCCCUGCUCCGCGCGGGGGCCCGCACGGACGUGCGCGACGACGAGGGUGACGCCGCGCUGCACUACGCCGCCUUCGGCAACCGCGCGGCGGCGGCGACGGCGCUGCUGGGCGCCGGUGCUAACGUGGACGCGGCCAACAAAGCGAGCACCACCGCGCUGCACGUGGCGGCGAGCAUCGGGCACACGGACGUGGUGAUGGCCCUGCUGGCUCACCGAGCCGACGUCAACGCGCAGGACGUGGACGGCGACACACCGCUGCACGAGGCGAUCUCGCGCCACCACCGUGACGUGGUGGAGCAGCUGAGCGCAGUGCCCACCGCUGACUUCUCCCUGCGCAACCGCCGCGGCUUCAACUUGCUCCACCAGGCGGCACUUAAGGGCAGUGCCAUAGCCACGCACAAGAUCCUGGGUCGCGCGCGGCAGCUGGUGGACGUCAAGAAGGAUGACGGCUUCGCCCCCAUACACCUCGCCGCCCUCAACAACCAUCAAGAGGUCGCCCGCCUACUCAUUGCAGAGGGCCAGUGCGACGUGGACGUGCGGACGAACCGGGCGCAGACGCCGCUGCUGCUCGCCGUGCUGCAGGGCCACGUUGAGCUGGUGCAGCUGCUGGUGGCGGAGCGCUGCGACGUGAACGCGCGUGACGAGGACGGCGACACGGCGCUGCACCUCGCGCUGGGCCCCAUGCGUGCGGCCAUGGCGCCCGCAGGGGUCGCCGGAGUCGCCGGAGGGUCGGGCGGCGGCGGCGGCGGCGGUGCCGCCGGUGCGGCCGGCACUGGGCAGUGCGCCCAGUCUUCUACUCGCGCCGCCAACGACUCGCUCGUCAACCGGCUGAAGAGCACGGGGCUGCUGGGCCCCACGGACCCGACGACGGGCGCCGCCAUCGCCUGCUUCCUGGCGCAGGAGGGCGCCGACAUCGCGUUGCCCAACGUGCGCGGAAAGGCGCCGCUCGACCUCGUGCACGACCCCCGCCUGGCGCAGCUGCUCAAGGACUUCGCUGACUGGGCCCAGCAGGCUCGGCGGGAGGCCACGCUCGCCGGUGGCGGCGCGGGGCCGUCGGCGGGGCCGUCGGCGGGGCCGUCGGCGGGGCCGCCGCUGCAGUGUCUCGCCGGGAGCCACGCGCCCAGCCCGCGCCGCGUGCCCCCUCCCAACCCGCCCAACACCGUCACCAACCUGGCCAUGGUGACGCCGUCGCCCCAGCAGCCCCCGGUGAUGGUUGCGGUGGCGGCGGCGCCGGCGGCGGCGGCGGCGGCGAUAGCAGUGGCGGAGCACGCCGAGUGCCUGGUGUGCAACGAGGUGGCGGCGCUGGUGCGCUUCUUGCCGUGCGAGCACAGCGUCGCGUGCGAAGAGUGCACAGUGAAGAUGAAGAAAUGCAUUUCGUGCCAAGUGACCAUUGUCAAGAAGUUGCGAUCAGACGGCACGGAGCUCGACAUCGCGUCUCUCCAGACGCCCCCGACGCCAUCGUCGUCGCUCUCGCCGUCCUCGUCGGGGCUACCGCUGAUGGUGGGGGGUGGGGAAGGCGCUCCCGCCCCGUCGGCGGUGUUGCCAGCGGUGGGCGACCCCGGCGCCGGCGGCGGCGCAGGCGCGGAGGAGGUGGCAGAGCUGGUGCGGCGGUGCCGCGACAUGGAGAGCCGGCUCACGUGUCCCGUGUGCAUGGACCAGAUCCGCGACAUCGUCUUCCUGUGCGGGCACGGUGCGUGCGGGGCCUGCGCACCGGGCCUGGCGCAGUGCCCGCUGUGCCGGCAGGUCAUACAAAAGCGCAUUCACAUGUACGUGUGAGGAGGUGGGGGGGGGGGGUGGUGGUGCGCGUGUGGUUUGGUGUGGUGUGAAAUGUGUGAGUGUGCGGUGUGUGAAGUGCGUGUAAGGAGUUUCUUCACCGAAUGUUCUGUACAUGUAAGUGUUGUGUUUACGGAGUCCCCUUGUGACUAUAACAGUGUCUUCACUGUAAGUGUCUUCAGUGAGUCUCCUGUGUACAUGACAGUGACUUUGUCACUAAGUGUCCUAUGUCAAGUGUAUUCGCCAAUACACCUUUUCCACCGGAACAUCUGAUCCAAGCCAGCCCAGGGCCCUCAGUACUGGGUGGUUUCCCACUGGCCAUUUGCCCUGCCGCAAAGCCUGACCGUGAAACUCUGGCCUUGCAAGACCUUUGAAUCUGACUCGGGAGCUCGGCAGGGCCAAGGAGCGAGGUUAUUAUUCGUUGUCAUCACUUUGCAUCAGUCGAUACGCUCGAGUUGUUGCGCGUUCAUUUUGGGUUACCUCAGCAGCACGGCUCGGCUCCUGCAGUGGAAAAAAAACAAACCCGGUGCUUACCUGAGCCGUUGCCAGGCUGGCUCGUCUCGGCACACGACGGCCCUGGCUCAGUUGUGCCGGCGAAAAAGUGGUGCUGUGUGUUCAGUGUCUUCAUUGCCGGUGUGUUCAGUGCCUUCACUGAGUGUUCUGUAUGAACCGUGUCUGCACCGCGUGUGCUUGCAGUGUAUUUAUUCCCCACUGCAAUGUACCGAUUGCUGUUUAUUCCCAUGUCCCACCGAACUCUGUGUGUGUCCUUGUGGUCAGAUGUCCUGUGUGCCGACGUCACUUGUCCCGGUAUCCCCCCGUGUCUCAGGUCGUGUGUUCCAGGUUGGUCACGUGUCCCCCGUGUUCCACAUUGUCCCCCGUGUCCCGCAUUGUCCCCGUGUCCCCCAUGUGUCGGAUGAAUGCGCCUCUCCGUACGCCGUGCCAUCUGAGGCAGGGAAAAACCGAAAUAUUAUAACAUAUAAAUACAUGCAAAUAUAUAUUUAGGCUGCACAGCAUGUGGGAGUUUAAAAAAAAACCUCGGCAAUAGUGUUCCGGAGUAGGGUAGCUGCGCCAUGUGGCGCUGAUGAUUGCCAGUGCGGGCGAAGGGAAUAUUUAUUUAUUUAUUACGUUUGAUUGAAUUUUAUUUGAAAACCCAUGAGCCCCCGGAAUGCACUCAAGACAAUUGCCGUGCGCGUGCGGGAGGGAGGUGGCUGGGCAUGUGGUGACGAUCGAGCCGCGGUGUCUGAUCACAGCUCACGACUCCGGGUCGCGCUUCCGUUCGGGAAAUUACCCUUUUUCAUUUUCAUUUGAUCUUGUUGACAAUUUUAUAUAUUUGGUUCAUGUUUGGCAUUGCCGCUGUCCUUCUUAAUAGCGCAGGGCGGUUGCCGCGAAGGAAGGACGCCACCGCUAUGUUUCGUGGACACGGCCUGCCGAAGUUUCGCGAGGGCAGGGGGGUGCGAUGUCGCUUCAGCUGCUCAUGUGGAUGUGUGUGUGUGUGUGCGCACGUGCGAUCCCAGUGGAGUAGUCUGCGGCGGAAUCUUUCCAAUUCGGCAAGCUUGGGACCGCGAUGGCAGCGCACAAGUGGCCCCACCCAUUGGCAAUGACGCGGCGGGACCUUGAGAUGUCCACUGGGAAGCGGCCCGGCACGCGGUGUUAUUUCAACGCCUAUAAUACCCCCACACGGUGUUGACCAGGGCGGCCUGCCGCACUCGAACCGCAAACCUCCGCGACAAGCGGCAAACGUGUUACCGCUGGGCCAGGGUCACCACCACGGUUUAAUGCCUACGCAGUUACAGGGAAACUUGCCGCGGUGGUGCGA